UGUUCACUCUCUCUGCAACAACACAAGACUCUUUCAUUCUCUAUCUCUCUUCUUCAACUUCAACAUUCAACCACGGGACGGCCGUCACCUCACUCGCCACAGCCCAUUUCUGCAGUGUAAAAGAGACACUCAAACAAGGACAAGGAGAGUAGAAAUUCGCAGGCAUGCAUUGGGCUUGAGUUUGUAUUAUCUAUACAACUGAUGAAUAGUCUUUUUUAAAGCGUAUUAUGAUAAAAGAAAGAAACUCUGCUUAACCUAGCGUAGCCAGAGACCAGAGUUGUUCAGAAUAUGUGUUCUUCGUACUAAUUAAAGUUGAAAGAGAGUUUUUCUUCUGACACAAUGGGCGCCACAAAGAGAAAAAUCAAAGCUUGUAUUUUUGCAAAGUGUUUUUGAUUUUGCUUUUGGUAGUAAUUCAGGGGAAUAAUUCGCCAUAGAUUUGAUCUGAGAAAACUCGAGGGAGAUGGGUUGUUGUGUAUCAAAUCUGGAGAGGGGAGAAGCAGUCUCACGAUGCAGAGCCAGAAAGAAAUACAUGAAACGACUGGUGGAAGCAAGGCAAGCAUUUUCAGCUUCACAUGCAAUGUAUCUUCGUUCUCUUCGCGAUACUGGUUCAGCUCUUCUUCAGUUUUCAACUAAUGAGUCCGCUCUUCACCACCAACAACAACACCAUGUUCGACCACAACCACCAGCACCACCAUCGCCGCCGCCACCGCCACGACGGCCUCCAUUAAGUCCUAGCACUGAUACUUGGUCAUCAUCAAUGGGAGCUUCUCCUCUGCCCCCACCUCCGCCUCCUCCACCUCCAGCAUCUUCAACUUGGGACUUCUGGGACCCAUUUGUGGAGACAACAGCUCGAUCGAUGACUGAGGAGGAGUGGGAGGAGGAGGCUACUACCGUCAUCUCUGAGGUGCCAGUGAGUAGGUCUAGGACGGAGAGUGUGACGGCGCCACCUUCAGUGGUGAGUGGGUACUCUAAAGACACUAGUGGGACUGAGCCCUUUGCUCUGGUGAAGGCAAGAAAUAGUAAGAAUAUUGUUGAGAUUGUCAAAGAAGUUGAUGAUUAUUUCCUUAAGGCUGCUAAUGCUGGGGCUGAGCUUUCUGUGAUUCUUGAGGUUCGGAGUCCCAAUUUUUCUCCCACCCAAAUCAAAGGAGGUAAAGUUUACAACUAUGGCUUCAGUUUGAGUCCAACGUUGUGGACAUGGGGUUCCAGUCCAAAAUUUGACACAUUUGGAAGCUGUUUGCGUGAGCAAGUGGUUGGAAACAAUGGAGGUGUCGGCCAUUCCUCAACUAUUGAGAGGCUAUAUGCCUGGGAGAAAAAACUGUAUGAGGAGGUUAAGGAUUCUGAAGCUAUAAAGAUAGAGCAUGAGAAGAAGGUGGACCAGCUGAGGAAACUGGAAGUGAAAAGAGCUGAGUAUUUGAAGACUGAGAAGACCAAGAAAGAGCUUGAAAAGAUAGAGUCUCAAUUAAUGGUUUCCUCUCAAGCCAUUGAGACUAUAUCAGCUGAAAUCAUCAAAAUCAGAGAAACUGAACUCUACCCUCAACUCCUUGACCUUGUUAAAGGAUUAAUGUGCAUGUGGAGAAGCAUGUAUGAGAGCCACCAGGUCCAAACUCACAUUGUUCAGCAGUUCAAAUACCUCAACACAAUUCCAUCUAUUGAAGCCACAUCUGAGAUUCACAGGCAAUCAUCUCUCCAGCUUCAGCUCCAAGUUCAGCAGUGGCACCAAUCUUUCUGCAACUUAGUCAAAGCCCAACAGGAAUACAUUCAGAACCUCACUGGGUGGCUCCGCCUAAGCCUUUUUCAGUUCAGCAAACCCCUGCUUUCUAGAAAUGGUCAGGAAUCGGGGAUUUACUCAUUUUGUGAAGAAUGGCAGCUGGCAGUUGAUAGGAUUCCAGACAAAGUAGCAUCUGAAGGAAUCAAGAGCUUCUUAACAGUGGUGGAUGCUAUAGUAGUUCAACAAACUGAAGAACAUAAACAAAAGAAGAAGUCAGAGUCUGUGUUUAAGGAGUUUGAGAAGAAGUCGUCCGAGCUUAGAUCACUAGAAAACAAGCAUGGUCCAUUUUCAGUGCCUGACAGCUCUGGCAAGGACCCAGUUGCAGAGAAACGACUGAAGGUGGAGAUUUUAAGAACCAAGGCAGAAGAGGAGAAGAGUAAGUACGAGAAGUCAGUGAAUGUGACGAGAGCAAUGACCAUGAAUAAUCUCCAGAUGGGUUUCCCACAUGUCUUUCAAGCAAUGGUUGGAUUCUCAAGUGUGUGUAUGCAAGCAUUCGCGUCCUUGCACAAUCAAGUCCAGAGCAUUACACAGGAGCAACUAGUAAAGAGGAUACUCCCUUGAAAUGGGAUCUCUAACUUUAAAAAAGGCAAUGAUAUUUAGUUCAUUCCUCGAAAUGGGAUCAACAUCUCAAAAAAAGGGCUAAGAUAUUUGGUUUUUAUGGGUAUAGAUGACAUGAAUCCUAUUCAGUUGAUGGAUUGAAUCACAGAGAAGUGUUGCAGGCUCACUUCAAUGCAAAUCCAUGUGUUGCUGUGAGCCAUUUUGGUACAGGAAGUGGGGUGGCAACUUAGGAGCUCUGUGCGGAUUAGGUGUUUUCAAGUAGGCCCUAUGUAUACCUUGUUUUGUAUUUGCAAUAGGAGACUGCUACAGUGCUUGGAAAUACUUACCUUCUAUUUGGAUCCGUAAAAUUAGUCUUGGCUGCCUCAA